AUGUCGUUGAGUUGUAGUACUGGCUGGAGGGUUUUACGAGCUAACUCGCACGUAGCUUGCCAAGGGCGACACUAUCUGGAUGGUUCCGAGCCAUCGCAUAAGGACUGUACAACUCUCUUUGAGCUCUGUUGCUUGCAGAUUGCACACGAAUUGGUACGACAGGGAAUCAACCUUCAAGAGAAGAAGUGUAUAAUUCAGCAUCUGAUUCGAGAUGAAAUGGUCUUGUGCGUGUGGCGAUUUAUUUGCCUUUUGGCAGGCGACAGCUUCAGUCUCUUCUGUCUGUUUCAGAGCUGUGAGAUUAGUGGAGAAAUUCUUAGGAAGCGACAGCCAUAUACAUGUUAUUCGCUGCCCCUAGAUGUGGACUUGAUUGGCAGUAUAAGGCUUUUAAACGGCCUCAACAGCUCUUAUAACUUCGAACACUUAACUGUACUAGAAAUCUACCAUCCCGUGAACAACCUCUCGCAAGUAACCAAUCUACACUCCCUAGCUGCCCUGACAGUGAUCAACCCUCUUCUUCACGAAAUAGUGCGUUCUUGGCGUCGUUCAUUGGCGGUUGAUGGUACGCGUUGGCGGAAUUUACGCCAACUAAGGCUACCUCAGCUUAAAAGUCCCAUGUUGUUCUCUGAACUGCUAGAACUUGUUCCAUCGUUGGCUGUACUGGAAGCAGGAAUGGGACCGCAGGUUAUAGACGAGAUUCCGCAACUCUCAAGAAUGGUUAAAUAUGUUGAUGUUGGGCGACGAGAUCGUAUUCGCGAUACAGAAAAAAUAGCCGCUGACAAACUCGUUUUUGGUCUCAGCAUUGGCUUCCCUCAUGAUUUUACAAGUGAGUCAUAUGUUUACAAACGUCAAAUGGCCACCCAAAAGGCCUUUAAAGUGGUUCAUGAAAAGUCGGUAAUCAGGAGGCCUUUUAACAAGAGAAUUAAGGCUAAUACAUCUGCAAAACAGUUCUUUGGAUUUAGUUAA